GGUGCCUCGUCCACUUGGAGGGGCGUAGGGUUUCCUUGAGGAGCUUGGUGACGUUUGGAAAGGGCUAGGGUUUAAAACCUGCACAAAGAAAAUUAAACCAUGUCGGACGCAGUGGUUAGUUUCAUGAAGGACUUUUUGGCCGGUGGCAUUGCCGCUGCCAUCUCCAAAACAGCUGUCGCUCCCAUUGAGAGAGUCAAGCUAUUGUUGCAGGUCCAGCAUGCCAGCAAACAGAUCACCGUCGAGACACAGUACAAGGGAAUCAUGGACUGUGUGGUUAGAAUCCCCAAGGAACAAGGCUUCAUUUCUUUCUGGAGAGGCAACCUGGCCAACGUCAUCCGUUACUUCCCCACUCAAGCUCUUAACUUCGCCUUCAAAGACAAGUACAAGAAGAUCUUCCUCGGGGGUGUUGAUCAAAAAACACAGUUCUGGCGUUACUUUGCUGGUAAUUUGGCAUCAGGCGGCGCCGCAGGUGCCACUUCGCUCUGUUUUGUCUACCCACUCGACUUCGCCAGAACGAGACUGGCUGCCGACAUCGGCAAGGGCGCAGCAGAGAGAGAAUUCACCGGUCUUGGAAACUGUAUCGCCAAGAUCUUCAAAACCGAUGGCCUCAAGGGUCUUUACCUUGGAUUCAAUGUGUCUGUACAGGGUAUUAUCAUAUACAGAGCGGCUUACUUUGGAUGCUUCGACACAGCUAAAGGUAUGCUGCCAGAUCCCAAGAACACUCACAUCAUUGUCAGCUGGAUGAUCGCCCAGACUGUCACGGCUGUAGCAGGUCUUGUCUCAUACCCCUUCGACACCGUCAGACGUCGCAUGAUGAUGCAGUCAGGACGCAAAGGAGCUGACAUCAUGUACAAGGGCACAAUCGACUGCUGGAAGAAGAUCCUUAAAGACGAGGGAUCACGAGCCUUCUUCAAGGGUGCCUGGUCUAACGUGAUCAGAGGCAUGGGUGGCGCCUUUGUAUUGGUGCUGUACGAUGAGAUCAAGAAGUUCUCUUCCUAAACUCUUCCCCCCCAACUCAAGGAAAUUAUCCACUAUGUUAAAGUCUUAUUUUUUGUUAUAUAGUUUUAACAACUUGGUAAAUUACAACGUGGGCAUAUAGGCUACCCCUCCCACGCAGCAGCCAUGGGGGAUGGGUUGCUAUACUUCACCUAUGUCCAAACAAAUGUGUAUAUAUCAGAUUUGCUAUGAGGCAGUCUGUAAGCUUGACAGCUGGUGGAGAUAACAUGAAGAUGCAGAAGAUAAAGGCCGGUUGGUGAUAGUUUGUGAAGCACUUGCAGAGGCUCAUACGUUAUGUUGUGACCACUCUGACCCUCUUAACCCUCCUCAUAUACUAUUUAUAAAGAAUAAAGAUUUAUUAAUCUAAUGAACCAGUCUGUUUUC